CGUCAACCCCUUCCUUGGCACUAGUGGGUUCUCUGCGUUUCUCUGCGUUUUGAUGUUGGUAGACUCAGCUCAAUUGCUAAUGGUUCCUUGCGUAGACCGUGCACUGCCCAGAUCUGCUCUCCUUGCUACGUCGAUCCAUCUUGCACGCAAUGCCCAGCAUUUGGGCCCGGCUUCUGCCCUCCUGAUCCCAAUCCGCACCCUCACCACGGAGACGACGACCCAUGGUCCCCCGGGAGGUCCGCCGCCAGGAUUCAAUCCGGAGCAAGCUAAGAAACCGCUUCCCAAGGAACCUGCCAGUGCGAAGCCGGAAGCGAAGUUGGCCGAGAAGCCCAAGGCAAAUGAGACCGAAGUGAAAGCGGCGACGAAGGGCGCCUCGGCCGACACAGAGGCCUCGCUCACAGCGCUCGCCGCCGAGAAGCAAGCAGCCGUGGAGAAGACAGAGGGCAAGAAGGAGGAGAAGAAGUUGACCAUCGGGCAGAAAAUCAAGAAAGAGAUCCAGCACUACUGGGAUGGCACCAAACUGUUGGCCGCCGAGGUCAGAAUUAGCUCGCGAUUAGCGCUCAAGAUGGCUGCCGGGUACGAGCUCACGCGCAGAGAAAGUCGGCAGCUCCAGCGCACUGUCCAGGAUCUCGGCCGGCUGGUCCCCUUCUCCGUCUUCGUCAUCGUGCCAUUCGCCGAGCUGCUGCUCCCGGUUGCGCUCAAGCUCUUCCCCAACCUGCUGCCCAGCACGUACGAGGGCCAGAAAACCAAGGACCAGAAGGCUUCGACGCUACGGGCCACGCGCAAGGAGGUUAGCGACUUCCUUCGCCAGACCCUGAGGGAGACGGGCCUUCCCUUGACGCAGGCGACGGCCCAAAGGGAGGAGUUUACCAACUUCUUCCGGAAGCUCCGCUCCACCGGAGAGAAGCCAACAGCCGAAGAUGUCAUCAAGGUGUGCAAGAUAUUCAGGGACGACCUUACCCUCGACAACCUGUCGCGGCCACAACUUGUGUCGAUGUGCCGGUAUUUGAACCUCAACACUUUUGGUACCGACAUGAUGCUUCGGUACCAGAUCCGCCACCGCAUGCGGCAGAUCAAGCGCGACGACCGCGCCAUCAGCUACGAGGGCGUCGACAGUCUUUCGGUAUCCGAGCUCCAGACGGCCUGUGCCAGCCGCGGCAUCAAGAGCUACGGUGUAUCGCCCGCUAGGCUGCGUGAGGACCUCCAGACCUGGCUUGACCUGCGGCUCCGCGACGGUGUGCCGUCGACCUUACUGGUGCUCAGCAACGCCUACAUGUACGGCCAGACACAGACUGAGGAGGGCAUGGCCAGCCAGAUCGAGGCGCUGACGGGAGUCCUGUCGUCCAUCCCGGAGGAGCUCUUCCAUGAGAUUGAGCUCGAAGUGCACAACGCCGAGGGCGCCGCCACGAACAAGCAGAGACUUGAGGUGCUCAAAGAGCAGCAAGAGCUGAUCGACGAGGAGCUCGAGCAGAACGAGGAGAACCAAGCGACAGGCUUUGCCACGCCAAGAGAUACAGAGGACAUCGACGAGAAGGAGGAGCGACAAGCGCACGCCGAGUCGGACGGCACCAUUGAGAAGGCGCAAGUUGGCGAAGCGCUGGAUGCCGAGAAGGACAUGCUUGCCGCCUCGAGGGCAGAGCAGCAACGGGAGGCGGAGGCGGCGCAACCCAAAUCCAGCGACAAGUGAGAGCUGGGAGCAGGGCUGCCGUGUAACAAUAGCCAUUCGUGCCAUGGGGGGCCCCACGUUCUUUGACUUUCUUCGUGUACCAUGUUUUGAGUAGGUCGCUUGACAGACUCAUAGGAUCAGUGGGUAUACAUUAGACUCCGCUAAGGGCUAAAGCUGCGCGAGUCGCUUGGGAGUUUGGCUUUGACUUCGAUGGACAACCCUUCUUUCGUCGUAAGGGGUGGGAACUCCGGAUAUAGACCUCAUCUCACUAUAGAUAUUGCUGGUAAAGGCGCUACGCAUCUCAACGCGAUCUGAGCGUUGUCUUGUCUCUGCAAACGGGUUGUUAGUGCAAUAAAGUCCCAGACCCGGUUGAAGGCUGGGGAACCUGGUGAUCAGGCACCCUGAGGAACCUCGUGCACUAACAGCCAAGCCUGCCAUGACCCAC